AAAGUUGCUCGUAACGAGAAAGAAAAUUUUUUCGAAAUAAAAAUAAAGUUACCAGUUUUAUCGGAUUGAUUUCUUUACUGAAUAACAACCGUUUACCAACCGUUUGCUACAAAUCAACAAAUUCCAUCACAUCGAGAGCGUACGUGUUAACUACAAAGUCUCUUGUAAUAAACAAAAUUCACAGGUUUUCGCAUAUAAAUCGUUCGUUUUCCCUACUCAUCAAACAAAUGUCAAUUCCAAUCGCGUAGAAAUCAUUUUCCACGAUUCUCUCGCGUACUCGUCCAUUUUCUAUUCAUUCGUAUUAAAAAUAUCUACUCCGCAGAGACUAUAAAAAUAUUUUCCUACAACAAUCCAAUUGUUCUUGCCAAUCCACGCAGUCGUGGCAAAAUUCUCUUCCAUCCAAUCAAACUUACAACAGCCACGGGCUUGCGAACCUCUACAUAACCGUGUACAUAUCGAAGUUUUUCAUCGAAAAAACGAGAGGAGGGAGGGGGGGGGGAAGAAGGGGGGAAGAGUAUACCACGGACAAUUACAAUAAUAAAAAUCCACGUCGAAAACAUUAGACUAUAGCGACCUGGCAUAAUCUUAUCUCCGACUCUGCCCACAUGUCAAGUCUUUCUACCGCCGCUAUGCUCGUACACGGCUCUAUUUCCAUGCGACCCGCGUGUCAGUGUGACGCAUUUUCCCACACGUACACGCGCAAAUACAGAGGCGCGCGUUCGCCGUUUGAUACACGCGCUCGUGCGUGCUUUUCUACAACAUUUAUCCAACGUGCACAAUACUCGUAAAGUAUCCAACGAAAUAGCGUUAAACACAUUCGGCCCGCAGCAAGUGUGGGUGUCCGAGCGCGAGCGCGCGCGUGUGCGUGGAUUAUUUUCGCUUAUACCGCGGCGCACGCAAUCUCAGAAGUGGUUCUCGCGUUGACAGGUUCCGAACGAGUUUUCGCCGGCCUCCGAAGCCACCGAUCGGUCAGUGCUUCGACGCCUGGAUCCAAGGAUCCUCCUCGAGUAUCCUCCUCGAAGGAUCGAAGGAUCAACAGGGAGGAGGAGGUGGAAGAGGAGGAGGAGGAGGAGGAGGAGGAGGAGGAGGAGGAGGAGGAGGGUGAGGAGGAAAAGGAAAAGGAGCUCGCUGGUCGUGAUCGCGGUCGAUACGAGACCAAUGUGACACGCGGACGAAUUCUUAUGCAACGUUUAAGGUGCACGGUUAACCGGUGCACGGGAUAACGGGUCGGAACGGAACGGAAGAAGCUGUCCCCGGGAAUUAUGAAUGAUCCUCUUUACGAGGAUGGUGAGGAGCCGUACCUCGUGUACCCGAUUGCUGGAAAUAGCGUGCAAUCUGCGCACGGAAACACCGACAACUGGACAAAUACGCUUGUUGUUCGCCUCAUGUGUUCUACACCAACGUGCCGUCGUUGAGUCGUGACGAAGAGGAAUCUCGGACCGGUUGUACGCGUAAGAGUAUUCCUUCGAAGUGGAAAAGUUGAUUAGAAUUAUAUCUUGAUUCUUCUCUCUCUCUCUCUCUCUCUCUCUGCUUCUCUAUUUCUCUCUCUCUCUCUCUCUCUCUUUCUCUCUCUUUCUCUCGUUUGAAUCACGUUACUGUUGUGCACAUGUGAACAAAGAAGAGGGGAGAAUGAUAUUAUCGUGGUCAUGAUGGUCAACGGAUGCGGAAAAGUGAUAAUGGAUGACGGAAUAAGACGAGAAUAAACGAUAGCAUGCAGAACGAUAGUAAAACGAGAAAUCGCACGAUGCGUGAAAUUGGUGGCCGUAGAACUUGGAACGUUUGUGAAACGUUUGAUUUCAAAGUUUUGAAGCAUUGGAAACGAAGGGACGUUCUUUGACGGUACGCGUCAUUUUUCUAACAUUCCCUCCCUCUCCCCCCGCCGCCGCUCCGCGCCCCCUCCCCGCAAACUGUCGACGAUGGUGCUAUCGACGCUUCUCCAUGACUCUCUGCAUUAUCGAUGGUGUUAACGAGUUUUCCCAAUAGAAAGUUUACGCGCAUCGCGCAAUAAUUCCCUCGAGUAAAAGUAAUACGCUCGGCGCGUAUUAUUGCAAGAAUUGCGAAGGAUGGAAGGAUGAAUUUGAAUUUAGAAGGGGCGGGACAAAAGAAGAAGAAGAAGAAGAAGAAGAAGAAGAGUUAGUGGAGUAGAGAGUUUGGUGAUUACGGAUCGUAAAUUCGUUGGACGCAUACUACAUACGCGAUGCUGCUGCGCUACGACGUUGAAAAACGUGUUUCAGAUUAUCGUUGGAUUUACAACCUGUGAAUCAGCCGGGAGAAGAAAAAAAAAAGAACAAAAAAAAAUCACCGUGCAAACUUUUAUGAUCGCGUUACGCUCGCGGAUAAAGCGAGCGUUUCGAUCGAUCUGCCGCAUUGAAAAGCGGGAAAAAUUUAAAAUCGCGUCCGUGCGAUAAUUUUUUUUUUUUUUUGAAAGAAAAAAAAGAAAAAAGAAAGAAAGAAAAGGGAACGGAAAAAAAGGAUUGAAACGUUAAACGUUAAACGCGACGCGAGGUGAAAUAUUUCUCUUCGUACAUCCGGGGAAGGAAAUAUAUAUAUAUAUAUAUAUAAAUACAGGGGGAGGAAAAGAGACACAGGAGGAGGGAAAAUCGAGAUCGUUCAACGAAAUGCUAAUGAGCGAAAAGAAUUGUUCGAGGAAAGAAGGAACAAACGAGGAAUUGGGCGAGCAUACGAUCAGAGACAGUAACAGAGUACCACUGGACGAGCUGCUGGUGAACUCGACGGUCCCUUCGACCACUGUUCCGGUAAAAGUGUGCGAUGACUCCGCGGACGAGGGAGGAAGGGACAAGCAGAAACGCGGAAUCCUGACCAACUUUCAGAGAAGGACGUUUAGCAGGAUCAGUUUCAAGGGAGAAUCCGGUCCUCUGCUGAGCAGGUACAGGCAGACCAGAUUCAGCUCCCGAAGAAUACGGAAAAGGGUGGUUUUCAAGCACGGCGAUUGCAAUGUCGUACAAGGAAAUGUCGCCAAGCGACGACGACGUUACCUUCAGGAUAUUUUCACGACACUGGUCGACGCACAAUGGAGAUGGACUCUUCUGGUGUUCUCGAUGAACUUCUUGCUCUCGUGGCUAGGUUUCGCCCUGAUAUGGUGGCUGAUCGCUUACAGCCACGGCGACCUCGAUCCGGAGAAUCACGCCAACUCCAACUCGACCUUCAUCCCCUGCAUCGAGAACAUUCGUGGAUUCACCAGCUCGUUCCUCUUCUCGAUCGAGACCCAGCACACGAUCGGGUACGGAUCGAAGCACCCUACGGACGAAUGUCCCGAGGCGGUGUUCGUGAUAUGCAUCCAGUCGAUGACAGGCGUGAUACUGCAAGCUUUCAUGGUGGGCAUAGUUUUCGCCAAACUCUCCCGGCCCAAGAAGAGAACGCAGACGUUGCUGUUCUCGAGGAACGCGGUCAUCUGUCAGAGGGACGGCCAACCGUGCCUCAUGUUCCGCGUCGGUGACAUGAGGAAGAGCCACAUAAUCGAGGCUCACGUGAGGGCGCAGAUGAUCAAACGAAAGGUGACCAGGGAGGGGGAAUUGCUACCUUUCUUCCAAACGGAGCUGAAAGUGGGGAGCGACGGCGAGGAGGACAAGAUCUUGUUCAUCUGGCCGACGACCAUCGUUCACAAGAUCGACGAGCAAUCUCCCCUCUAUCAUAUAUCGGCAAGCGAUAUGCUGCGCGAACGUUUCGAGAUCGUGGUUAUAUUGGAAGGCGUGAUCGAGUCGACCGGAAUGACCACCCAGGCGAGGAGCUCCUAUCUACCCUCUGAGAUUUUAUGGGGGCACAGGUUCGAACAUAUAAUCACGUUCAAAAAGGAGACGGGGGAGUACGAGGUGAACUACACCCUUUUCAACAAUACGUACGAGGUCGAUACGCCGUUGUGCUCGGCGGCCGAUCUCGAUAAAAUUAAGGCGAUGCAAAGAGCGAAAGGAGAGCGCAUGAGCAACACCGGAUUCGCUCAUUAUCGCGAUGCAUCGAGCAGUUCUUUGACCACCGGAUCCGGUUCCAGCCUGGCGUCGUCCACCGGUGGACUGCACAUGAACGUGCCAAUGACAUCGUUGACUCCGAUUCCAGUUAUGAUCACGAGCCCGGACGGCUCUCUCAGACGCGAGAGCAUGCAGAGCGGGCAAACCGAGAUGAAACCGCCGAUAUUUUACACGCAUAACGAGUUUUUGGACAACGAGCAUUCUUCGAGUUAUCCACAAGAUGAUACCGGAAAUCAGGAGGACUACGAUCGCGUGUUGGAGGAUAUAAACGCGACGUUGAGGAAAAGUCGAGCGCCGAGCCAGGAGGCGAGGAGGAUGCACAAGGAGCCGUCCAAGACCACGUUGGAUUCCAGAAGAAGCGAGUGCAGGGACGCGAUAAGAAGAUCCAACUCAAGGAUAACCAUGGAUCAAAUAAUUAAUACUCCUCCGAGAUCACCCUCGCGACAGCAUUUAGAGCCCAGAAACGAUACUAAUCCGACGACGAGGCACACGAAAUUCGUGGAAUCGACGGAACCUCAUUGCGACCCUUCGCCCCAUCCUCACCUCUCCCCGAGAAGAUACAGCCUGGGCGAGAAUCACAGGCCCAGGGAUCAACACCAGUCGCCGAAGAAGACCAGUUUCAUCCUUGGCGACGACGACCACCACGUGAUCGAGAUCGAUCAAGAGAGAAGUGGGAAUUUGAUCGCGGGUGACGAUCAUCGCCACGUGAUCGACAUCGAAUCGGACCCCGUCUCGAAGCUGUCCUCGGCCAGGCAGGAGGCAUUGGACGCGUCCAAGACGAACCAUCAUCACCAUCAUCAUCAUCCUCAUCAUCAUCCUCGAAGCAACACCUCAGGUCCUCAGGAGCAAGUGUAGUAGAUGCAUUACAUACUCUUAAACAUGAAUAAAUCUUCGUUCGAAAAUCCAUCGUAAAAGAAUAAUAGAUCUAUCCCUGUUCGCGAUAAAAUUCUCGAUCGUCGUCCAUUCUCGAAAAAGAAUGUUUAACGUUUCGAUCCAAUUCUCCCUUCUUUUCUGGAUUAUCGAUAAAAAAAAAAAAAAGAAAGAAAAGAAAAGAAAAGAAAAGAAAAGAAAUUGCGUUCGAUAGAGAAGAGAAAAGGAAGGAAAAGUAGGGACAAAUCGAAGCCGGGCGAAAAAUUCGAACGAGGUUGGUG